UUUGAACGGGUUUAAGAUAGCUGUGGGAAAUGACGUGGCGUUUGGAGGAACGAGAAAUGCUCCAUGUGGCAGUGGAUACAGUGUCCCUGAAGCUGCAACUGUGAUGAUCGAAUGUCCUCGUCUUGUAGGACGAUAUGUCACUGUGCACUUAACUGGCUUGGACAAGAUCUUGCAGCUGUGCGAGGUGCAAGUGUUUGAACCGUGUGACGAGACUUGCUAUAACUUGGCUCUGCAUCAAUCGAUAUUAGAACCCGGCCACAACAAUUCAUCAGUAGACGGGAAUACGAACACACAUUUCGACGGAAGUACAUGCGAUGAUGAUAGGUCCAGUGUAACUGUCGAUCUCGGUCAUGUAACUACGAUUGGUAAAGUUCGAGUUUGGAAUCGCAACGAGUGUCCUUAUUGCUCUCAUGAUGCUACGGAUGAAUUUCAAGUUCUAUUCGGGAUGAGUGAUGAUGUUGCGUCCAAUCCGGCAUGUAAUUAUAAUUCAACUCAAUACAAAGUACGAAAAGGGGAGGCUGUAGAAGUCGAGUGCAACGCAAAUCAUCUCGGGCGCUAUGUUACCAUCGCACAGGAUCGAACGUCGCACUUGGGCGUAUGUGAGAUUGAAGUCUAUGCGACAGGCAACUGCUAUGACUCUGGAUGCUAUAACGUGGCAAAGAGAAAACCAGUACGACCUUCAAUGUCCGGAAUAAAGUUUUUUGCGAGUAAUGCUGUUGAUGGCAACUACUGGAAUACACUUUUGCCUCAGGGCUCAUGCUUUGAUACGGAAAUGUACGGUUAUUUUUGGUUUCGUGUCGACUUGUAUCAAGAAAUGAUUAUUAACAAAGUCUUUUUGACGAGAGACUGCUGUGAUAAUAUAUUGUCAAAGUUGGAGAUUCGUAUUGGUAGUACUUUAGAGACAUAUGUAGACCACACUCCUGUAUGUCGUCAAGACUUACGAACCUUCAGGGACGGCUCCUCCGUUCCUUACUCAUGUCCCAACAUGAUGGGAAGAUACGUUAUGUUAGAAAUUCGAGAAAGAGACGAUAAUAGAAUGUCCAUUUGUGAGGUUCAGGUGUGCGCUAGACUCGCUCCAAACUUAGCUCUCGGAAAGCCAACUACACAGAUCAGCACGCAUUUUAGAGGUUACUCUUUUCGAGCUGUUGACGGAAAUCCAAAUCCUGACUACUUUAACUAUGCCUGCUCACACACAUACUCAGAGACAAAGCCAUGGUGGCGUGUUGACCUGCAAGAACAGUUUCUGGUGACAAGCCUUCGAAUCACCAAUCGAGGAGAUUGCUGUGGAGAUCGACUCAACAACUUACACAUUCGUGUUGGCAUCUCGCUUGAAUUUGACGGAAACAAUAAUCCGAAAUGCCUAGCACAUAUGUGGAACAUACGUCAAGGACAUACAAACACCAUAAUGUGUAAUGAUGGUUAUGGACUGCACGGUCGCUAUGUUAAUCUCCUCAUUCCGGGAGAGGAUAACGUUUUGACGGUUUGUGAAGUGGUCGUGUUUGGAAGAAGAGUACGGCAGUGCCAGUUAAAUGGUAUGGCAAAUGAAGGAUGUACUCAACCUUGUCCGGCAAAAACUGGCGGCAUUGGCUGUCAUCACUGUCCUCAAGGCAGAGUUGGUCGACUUCGUCACGUCAAGUCCGGUCUAUGCGCUGUUCCAGAUCACAAUCGAACGUUCCCUGAAGCUAGCGAGCGGCUGGUGAUGACACAGAGCUGUGACGGCAUCGAGAGUCUUUUUCUCUACUCUCCAAGCAAACUAUUGUAUCACGUUGCAUCUGGUACUUGUGUGAUGGUCGAUGGUAACCCAAAGAAGAACAGAGGGAAUCCACUAGUCCUUUCCCAUAACUGUUCUGUACACGACAGAGCAAUGAUGUACACAUUUAAUAACACUCGCCUUGUCAAUGUGGAAACAAAGCGGUGCAUACUUGUCAAAGGUUUAUGCGUACUGCUAUAG